GCUUCAUUUCACAUGCCACAGGCAGCAACACAACGACGAGACUAUAGCACAGUAGCACUGCCAUUCGAGAGAGAGGCAGAGCUUGCUCUUCCUCCUUUCUUGGAAUAAAGUGGGUGGCAACGGCGGGCUCUUCCAUGCACAAGACGGAGGUUCCCUCUCCGGUGGCCGGAAGCGGCGGCGGCGGUGGAAAGGAUGGGGCGGCGACCAAGCUGCAGAAGGUGUACCGGAGCUACCGGACACGGCGCAAACUCGCCGACACCGCCGUCGUCGUCGAGGAGCUCUGGUGGCAAGCGCUGGACUACGCGCGGCUCAGCUACGUCAACGUCUCCUUCUUCCACGACCCAAAGCCGGAGACCGCCGCCGCCCGCUGGAACCGUGUCAGCCUCAUUGCUUCCAAGGUGGGUCAGGGUUUAUCCAGAGACGACAAGGCUCUGAAGCUGGCAUUCCAGCACUGGAUUGAGGCUAUUGACCCACGGCAUAGAUAUGGCCACAAUCUGCAUCACUACUAUGAUAUCUGGUGUCAAAGCCAGGCCGGCCAGCCUUUCUUCUACUGGCUAGACAUUGGGGAGGGAAAAGAUGUUGACCUCCCUGAAUGUCCAAGAGCUCGGCUGAAGAAGCAAUGCAUAAAAUAUCUUGGUCCGCAAGAGCGUGAGCAAUAUGAGUACAUCAUUACAGAAGGAAAGAUUAUCCAUAAGUACUCUGAAGAACCACUUGAUACAGAACAAGGGUCAACAUGGAUUUUUGUUAUGAGCACAACGAAGAGACUUUAUGCUGGCAAGAAAGAGAAAGGUGUGUUCCAGCACUCAAGCUUUUUAGCAGGAGGCGCUACCGUAGCUGCUGGAAGGUUUACAGCACAAAAUGGAGUUAUCAAGUCCAUCUGGGCCUAUAGUGGUCACUACAAACCAAGUGCAGAGAAUCUGAACAACUUCAUGAGCUUCCUAGAGGAGAACGGAGUUUAUCUCAACAACGUGGUGCGCCCAUCCGCCGAUGAUGCUUGGUACGAAGAACCUGUACUGCCUAACAACAUUGAUCAGAGCCCUACUGCUGCUACCAUUCAAUCCAAUCCUCCACAACUGAUUGUCCCACAAAGCAUGAUAUCAAGAAACAAGGCAUCCGGAUCACAUUCAGAAACUGAAGAUGAAGAAGGAGAUGAUGCUCCUUCAGAGCAGCGAAAGCCAACCUACCAAAGAACCUUAUCAGGCGGCCUGCAAAGCCCCAGAGCCGCCGGCGUGCCGAGGGAAGAGAUUCUUGAGAGGGUGAAGUCCAAGGGAGGAUCAAGAUCCUACCAACUUGGCCACAAGCUGUCCAUGAAAUGGAGCACUGGUGCUGGUCCAAGGAUUGGGUGUGUGAAGGACUACCCAAUGCAGCUCAGAAUGCAAGCACUGCAGAUGGUGAACUUCUCACCGAUGCUCCAGUCAGUCUCGUCCACUGCAACCAACUUACCAGCGAAGUUAGAGCAGGCAAUGAGUAUCUAACCAGCGUGCACAGGCAGCAAGAUACACUCACAGUUAAGAUAUAGUAGUUCUGCAGCAUACUAUACAUUGUAUGUAAUGCAAAGUUCAGUCAGAGUGGAACUUGGUUCGUGUUUACUGCUUUUCCAAUGUUAUGUUAUGUGGAUCCAUUUAUGCUCGAAUGAUUUGAUGAGCUAGUUAACUAUGUAAGUUUCAGCAGCACGGAUUUGUGCUUAAUAACUUUUUGCUUGUGUUUCUGUGUGCUGACUGACACUGUUGCAGAAACAGUUUCAA